AUGGGGUCCGUUAACGACGGCACGCGACGGAAACGUGAGCUGAAGGCGGAGACCAGAUGCGGCUGUGAGGUAGAGAUGCGCGUCCACGUGCACUCUGAAAGUGGUAGAUGGAUAAUAUCAUACUUUCAGAAUGUUCACAACCACGAGUUGCUAGACGAUAGACUGACUUUCAUGCUAUCGGGCCAUAGGAAAAUGGAUGCAGCCACCCUGGAACAAAUGAACAUGAUGCUUAGAGUUGGGAUUAAAACGCCACAGAUUUAUUCAUCUUUUGUGCAAACUGCUGGGGGAUUCCAAAACCUUCCGUUUCUAAAGAGGGAUAUGUAUAACCAGAUAGGGAAGCAAUGGAGGCUCAUUGGCAGGGACGCGAUGGCUUGCCUUAAGUUACUGGAAUCAACGACGCAGGCUAAUCCUGGAAUGUUUGUGCAUUAUUUGGCAGACAAAGAGGGUCGUUUGGUGUACCUGUUUUGGUCAGAUAAUUGCAGUCAACUGGAUUAUGGUUUGUUUGGGGAUGUCAUCGCAUUUGAUGUGACAUAUCGGAAGAAUAAGUAUAUGUGUCCACUGGUUGUGUUUUCUGGAGUGAAUCACCAUAACCAAACAAUUGAGUUUGCGACUGCGCUAGUUGCAAAUGAGAAUGAGCAGACUUACACCUGGUUGCUGCAACAGUUCCUGGACGCCAUGAAGGGUAAAGCACCUGGGUGUGUGAUAACAGAUGGGCAUGGAGCGAUGAAAAAUGCAAUCGAAGCAGUGUUUCCUGGGGCCUAUCACCAUUUGUGUGCUAGGUAUCUGUUGAGGAAUGCCACUUCUAACCUAAGCAACCCCAGAUUUACUUCUGAAUUUAAGAAAUGCAUGCUGUUUGAUUAUGAGGUGUGGGAGUUUGAAGAUCAUUGGCAUUAUAUGGUGGAUGCGCUUGGUCUGUCUGAUAAUCAAUGGGUUUCUGACCUUUACUCUAGGAGAAGGAUGUGGGCAACUGCAUAUAUAAGGGGCAACUUCUUUGGGUGUUUUCGUACAACGUCAAGGUGUGAAGGAUUGCACUCAAUGCUUGGUAAAUUUGUCUAG